AUGUCCAACAGCAGCUCCAUCACCCACUUCCUCCUGCUGCCAUUCCCAGGCACACGGCAGCUGCAGCUGCUGCACUUCUGCCUCUUCCUGGCCACCUACCUGGCUGCCCUCCUGGGCAACAGCCUCAUCAUCACCACCAUAGCCUGGGACCACCACCUGCACACCCCCAUGUACUUCUUCCUCCUCAACCUCUCCCUCAUUGACCUGGGCACCAUCUCCACCACUGUGCCCAAGUCCAUGGCCAAUUUCCUCUGGGACACCAGAGCCAUCUCCUAUGCAGGAUGUGUUUCUCAGCUCUUUUUCUUUUCUUCUUUUCUCUCAGCAGAGUUCUCUCUCCUCACCAUCAUGGCCUACGACCGCUACGUUGCCAUCUGCAGACCCCUGCACUAUGAAACCCUACUGGGCAGCAGAGCUUGUGCCCAGCUGGCAGCAGCUGCCUGGGCCUCUGCAGUUCUCUAUGUUCUGCUGCACACAGCCAAUACAUUUUCUCUGCCCCUCUGCCAGGGCAAUGCUGUGCACCAGUUCUUCUGUGAAAUUCCCCCAGUGCUCAAGCUCUCCUGCUCCACAACCUACCUCAGAGAAGCUGGACUUGUUGUGGUCAGUGCCUGUUUAGUCUUUGUCUGCUUUGUGUUCAUUGUGGUGUCCUAUGUACAGAUCUUCAGGGCAGUGCUGAGGAUGCCCUCUGAGCAGGGACGCCACAAAGCCUUUGCCACCUGCCUCCCUCACCUGGCUGUGCUCUCCCUCUUCAUCAGCACUGUCAUCUUUGCCUACUUGAAGCCCCCCUCCAUCUCCUCCCCAGCUCUGGAUGUGCUGGUGGCAGUGCUGUACUCAGUGGUUCCUCCAGCAGUGAACCCUCUCAUCUACAGCCUGAGGAACCAGGAGCUGAAGGCUGCCCUGAGCAAACUGCUCACUGGAUGCCUUCAGAAGCAAUAA